AAGAAAAAUCACAAGCCUAACCACGAAGAGUCGACAAAAUAUAGAAGCAAUGAAAAAAAAAAGAACAGAAACAACAACCAUCAUAUUAGAAGGAAAUUUGUUACAUCCGAAACCAUCUCAACCCUUACAUUGGAAAAUAGGUUGAGAUGGCAAGAAGUAGAAAAGUAUAAAAAAACGAAUACAAAUAUCAUUCCGGCUAAAAGUAAAAACCUAAGCCUUCUGAGAAACGGCCGUCAACUUUUCAGCGGCAUCUCCACCCUCAUCGCCAACCGGCUCGGUCCCAACACCUUCCCCCUCCCCAACCGGCUCCGUUCCUGGCUGCUCGACCUCAAUUGUCUCGUUAAUUGGCUCUUAUUCAUAGUUGGCUCCGCUUGGCUCAACCAGCUCAACUGGGCCGACUA